UGGGCAUGUGCACGGCGUUAUAGGCGCCCCACGCCGCUAAAAAGGCUGCGCUGCAACUGCGGCCAACACGCUCAACACGGGGCCUGUUUUAGUGGAUGAGACGGCAACAUCGACUUGUUACAAUACACUGAAACGUUUGUUAAGAUGAGCGCUCAGGAUGUCAAUAACAAGACAAAAGUGUACUGCACAGUUCCCAAUCUUAGCGAGAGGGCGAUAUAUGAGCUCAUACGCAAUGACGUUCUGAGCACAAUCACAGAGAUUAAAGAGGCGUGCUCGAUAACAUUCAUGCUGGGCAAGACACCUCAGCAGGUAUCCCAAUAUCAAUACGACAAACUACAGGAGCCCUGAUGACGAUGAGCAGUGGUUCUUUUUGAUUGUGGAUACAGUCGACGCCGCAAAGGAUGGCAUCUUGCUCUGCAAUCUGCAUGCGUAUCAUGGAUUUCGAGAUGUAGUUCGACAGAUGCCCGGCGAGGCCUCCAUGUCUUGUGCAGCAUUAGCGGUGGCAUCGAUCAACUGGACCGAGGUGCGGGAAUCUGCUUUUCUCACCGAGAAGCCAGCGAUGAUCCGUAUCGCCCUGUAUGACAACCGGGCAAGCAAGGACAAGCAAGGCUUUCUCAGGAUUGCCGAAGCAGUUGACUUUGGUGUGCACUAUGUGGUUAGCGAUGGCGAGAUCGACGACGGUGAGCCGCCACCUAAGUUAGAUAGCUUAGAUGGCCUCAACAGAUACAAAGCGAUUGAGCUCAAAGGGGCUGAGAGCACUGACGCGGUAUGCAAGCGGCAUCAGCAGCAGUCUACGGAAAAGAGCCUUGACCAAAACCGACUCGCUAUCGUUGAUGACAAGUUCGACGACGAGGGCAUACUGCUUGUGCAGAUUGAACCUCGCAUGGAGGUUCGCUGCAAGCCUCCGGUGGGAGGCGAGCUACUCUGCUGGAAAGCUGCUGGCUUCAUGACCUGGGAGGAGGUGGAAGAGUUUGCGUCCAAGCAUUCUGAAACAAAGAAAGACUCGGACGAGCGCCGGUUCAAGUACUAUCGCACAAAGGCAGGCGUCAUCAUUGCUUCUAUGGAAGCGCACAAGGUUCCCAGCACCUUUACACGGCUACGGCAGGAGUCGGAUGGUGUAGAUGACAAUGGCGAGAUGGGCGACGCGGAAGACGUGUUUGUCGAGGAGCUGCCAUGGGACUAUUUUCUAAAGCAAAAGGCUGGCGAGAAGUCAUGAUAUUUCGUCUAUGUAUUGUUAUCGUAUUGAUGAACUUGUUGCGUGGUGUCUAGUCAUUAUAUUAGAGCCUAGUGCUAGAGUGUAGACGUCGUAUUUUUCAAAGAGGAGCUCGGAACAAAGCACGUUUACCAAGUCGGCCGUUCCAUAGCGUGACAUGUUCCACUAGGUCGCCCUCUCCGGGUCACGUUGGUCCAACGGUGCUCACCUGUGGGCGUAGGGGACCAAGUAGCGGUGUUGGCCGAGAGAGGGCAACUGUGUGUAUUUAAUAUGUAUACAAUGGAUGCUGCUGCUGUUGCUGCUGUUGCUGUUGC